AGCCAAAACAAUCUUCUGCUGUCUCAUGGUUAGGAUCACAAAGGCUGAGGCAGGUGCUUUAGCAACCCCUUGAGGCCUCCUUCACUGCGGCAGAUGUGCCUGUGCCAAUCACAGCAACAGUGGAAGGGGUGGAGAUGAGGGGGGAAAUGCUGUACUGACUUCCAGCUUCCUUUUUGAUUCUUCCAGCUAUGGCUCUGCCAGGGGACAAGGUCUACAACAGCUACCUCCCCUUUGGUGAGCCCCACCAGCAACUACUGGCCACCAUCUUGAUUGUGUUGGGCCUUUUUGCCGUACUGGAGUAUGCCGUUAAACUGAUUGCCUUGGUCUGGAUUUAUCUUCUUCCAUUCAUGAAUACCAUAUGUGAUUCUUGCUUCGAGAAAGGUGGCAGGUUACUCAAGGCCAUAAGGAUCUUCUCCAGCACCAAAAGAUUAUGGAAAGGGUCAUCGACGGUCGUAAGUCGGAAAAAACUCUCCAAUCUGCGAUUCCGCUGCAUUGUGGAUCCUGUGAAGGUAACUGUGAGGAUGGGCAACCCACGCGAAUCCAAGACCUACUCUACUCAAGUUGGCAGGAAAAAUAAGGCCUGCUACUCCGGUGAAUGGUCAAGCCGUAAUGAUGAAGAUAAUAAGAAAGCCAGCUGGUACAUAAACCAACAACAUCACCAGACCAGUCCAUACAGUUCCCGUCUCUCAGACACAGAAACCCCUCAGCCAGCAUGUCCUGCUGGAUCGGUUGCCUCAUGGGUGCGUUUCAGAUUCAGUUCUCCAGAGCACGUGGCUGAUGUGGGAAGCAGCUCAACUCAUUAUGGCGUCCAUACCCGUAACCACCAGAGGGCCACUGGUGACAAACGAUGUAGCUCUGAGGUAGCUGGAGAGGGUAGCCAUGGGCAGAAGUUCCUGAAAUACUCUGUGGGGUUCAAUACAGAAGAACCUGCUCUCUGCCAUCUGGAACGUCCUCAUGAACAGCUUAAUCAUCAGACCAGUGAGACCAAUUUCAUCCCUAGCCCCAUAUUAUCAGGCCCCAGUCGGGUGGUGUACUCAGCCCUGGCUUCAGAUACAGCAUCCAGAACUCGUUUCAACAAUUACACCUAUCCACAUUCUCCAAGAGGUCCGCAGCACCAUCUCGGGCUAGAAUGGCACCAGCGUUUACCAGUAGCCCAGCAAGCAGAGGUGUAUGUCUACUUGGUCAGCCCACCCCCUCCCAGCCCUGAACACAACCCCGAGCAGCCCAACCAUCCCUUCUCAGCACCUCAGACCACCUCUGGGAAGGAUGGGCUGGCCAACAGGAUCUCUCUCAGCCAGAGCAGGGGCAGUUCCAGUCAAGGGCCAAUGGUCCAUGGGAGCAGCGAGACCCACAAGCAACGCAGGAGCAUCUGGGAGAGAAAGCAUCAAAGAAGGUCCCUGCAGCCAAAUUUGGACUAUGAAAAGUUGGCAGGUAGCAGUGGGGGUGGCAACCUGGAACAUCAUGAAACGUUCCCCCACAAUUCAUCCCUUUUGGCAGACAGGGGGAGAGGAGGACCUGAGGCCACACCACCUACCAUUCCCAGCUGAAGAUGCUUCUCAGUGAGGGUGAAACACUGGAUAAACUCCUUGGGAAAGGAAGAAACAGCAUUUUCUGAUGUUUCACGGAACACCAUGGGCAUGCUUGGGUCAAUUAAAAGGAAGACAGCACAAA